GUAUUGGCUGUCACGUGAGCAAGUCAUCUAAGUUUACUUUGUAGCUAUCGAUUAUCUCUUCUAGCAGCUCUCCAUCAAAAAAUAAUUUGAACGUGUAUUGAAUUGUACAUAAACUGGUUUUUAAUUGCUGCACUCCAAAGGGCUCAGCUAUGUUGCAAUAUCUUUAAGGCUAGACCAACAUGAUCUCGAACUCUCGAAGGUCUUUUUGAUGAUCCGCCACGGUUGCACCUCUGCCGAUAAUUUUAGUCUUAAAUGUGCACAACCUGCACAUCUUUCAUUAAGGUUCCCAGGCAAGGAAGAAGUUAAGGUACUCGCUUCCGUGAUAGUUAAAGUUCCGGUUUUAAGAGACGCUAAAUCAUUUGCUAAACAUGUUAAUCUUCCCAACCAUUUUAAACAUCACGUCAUCGUUUGUGGCACAACAGCCCCAGUUGCGUAAGCCAAACCCUCCUGUCAAGAGUCAGUUUUACUGUGAUGUGCUCAUUCACUUUAUCUGCAAUUAAUUAUGAAAAAUAGAGACAUAACCACUCAAGCAAAAUUACCGCUCAUUCCAAGCUGCUCAACGGUUUUUUUUCAGAGUCAACUAAUCCCCUGACCCAUUCGUGAGGAAACGGCAGCUCACGUUUUCCAAUCGUAUCAAUUAUUCAUAAGCUUUGUGUCUUCUUAUUUGUCUGACGCUCAUGCGUGUCUUCACGAGAUUAAGAUGAUCGCAUCAAAUCAAUAAAUGUACGUGCAAAUUUUGCUUCCAUUUUUGCACAUGCACACGCAACAAGUCUUCUCAUGCAACUCGCAUUGCUACCAAAAGUGCGUCACACCUCGUUUUGCCGUGUAAAUCUGAGCGACUUUUAAAACCAAUAGUUGGGCAAGGCAAGUUUCACCGUUUACGCACUUAUACCACCCUGCACACCAAUCUGUAGCAACGGCGUACACCAGUCCCCUGUAAUAACCAUGCACAUGCCCCCCGGUAACAGCCCCAUACACUUAACGACUGUCGACUCAUGUACUAACCGUGCACUCCACCCCUUAGUGGCCAUGGCAACGAACAAACCUUGCUCGUUUACGCUGCGGGCUAAAGCAUGCCAAAUUAAAAACAGCCAUGCAUUCCAACAAGUAGAAGAAACUUUCACUAACUUUAUCCGGUCUUUAUUCCACUUUUGAAAAUGUAUGUUGCGUAGCAUACGAAACGUCAAGUUAUUAAAAUGCGUAAGUUUGAUAUGUUUAUUACCGCUAUUUGUGUUUUAUUUCACUAACUUGCUUUGACUCUAUCUUAAAUGGCAUCUAUUUUCCAACUGCCCAUAAUUCACUCUGUUUGCCCCCCAAAUUUUGCAUAACUCCCAAGAGCAUUUCACAACAAUAGUUUAUGCAAAAUUUGGGAGGGCAAAUUGAGUGAAUUAUGGGCAAUUGGAAAUUGGAGAAUAUGGCUCUAGUUUCCAGCGAGCCAUUUUGUUAGGAACUCAAAUAAGACUGGGCCGAGAGAUACACGUCAUUUUGCGACUCGUCAUCUGUUGUACUUCUGCGACUGCGCACCUGUAACAUCGAAACAAAAUGGCCGCCGUCGAUUUUGAUCGUCUGAAGGGACAAAUAAACAAGGCACUGGGCGAUGCCUCCGUGGUUGUUAAGUUCUCCUGUGCUACUGUGUGUUUGUUGUAUGGCUUGAGUUUUCUUCCCUCUGUUUACUCAUUGCUGGCUGUCACUCCUGGAUUGAAUAGCUUUCACCUACACCCAUCAAUUGUAAAGUGUUUUCUGACUCUUAGGUUUCUGGAGUUCAGUGGAAUGACUGGAAUUUUAUCAGGAAUGGUGGUUGCAUUCAAACAGAUCAAACCUGAGCAGGAAAUAAGCUUAUCUUCGCUUGGUCUUCGUGUAAAGCAUGUCCCAUCCAUAGUUGUUCUGGUGUACAGCAUUCUUUGCAUUGUGGGCAUUCUUCCCAUCAUCCUUCUGGUCAUGGUUCUAUCAGGGACUCUGAUUGGCUGGGUUUACUUGAGGUUUUACCAGCCACGUGGCAAAGGAGUCAAGGGAGACCUAAGUGAAAGUUUCUCUUGCGCUAGUUUCUUUCCAGAAGUAGCACAGGCUCCAGUAAGCACGCUGUCAACAAUUGUAUUCAAUACUCUGGUUCGUCUGAAAGUGUGCCAUAAGCCCGUCCGAACAUAUGAUGUAGGAGCGCCAUCAGCAAUUACAAUCAGCCUGCCAGGGAUGGAUCCUGCUGAUGCUGAGAGAAGAAGACAAAAGGCAUUGAAAGCCCUAAAUGAGAGGCUUCAAAAACUGGAACAAACUACAAGCUGGCCUACUCUAGAUGGGCCAGAGGGAAAAGACAGUCCCCAGAGUCCAAGUGCGGUGGAUGAGAUGCCAGAAAUAGUGGUUGAUCAGGGUACGACGAAAAGGACUGAGGGCAUACCAACUAGCUCCAGUGUUCCUACGUAACAGAGGCACUGUGUGCAGCUUAGUCCUGCUUGAAGAAUAAGCAAGUCAAUGGUAACGCUGUAAGACUUCUUGAUCAGAGAAGAGCCUGAGUGCAAAUUUACUCUUAAGUAUAAAAUUAUGCUUAUGCUUAUGCGCUAGUGACAACCAGCCAUAAGCUUACAACAUGUAUGUACUGGGGUUAGGCUCUGUCAGAUAUUUUGAACAACUGUGCCAUAUAUCAAGUCUUUUGAUAUUGGUCCAGCUCAGUUUUAUACAUGUACAGACACCCAACUGACAGCAGACAGUGAAAUUUGUUAAUCUGGCACCACUUAGCCACCACACUAAAGUGGGGUGCUCAUACAUGUAUAAAAGGGUUCUCAAAUAGGAAAAGUACGGACUAAGCUUUUUUUCAGGCAAGAAAUGUAGCUUUUGUAGUGAGACAGUCGUAUGUUGAAUGUAGUGUUACAUGUUUUAUUUAUAUUGUUUAAAGGAGCUUAGUCACGGUUUUGCGCAUAUUGAAAGGUUUAGCCUCAAUUUU